GUGAAGCUAGCUCGCAGCGCGAAUGCUGCUGCUCUCUCCUUUCCACCCGAGGAGCGCGAGGGAGGCGCGGGGAAGGCUGAACUUAUCACGCCACCUCCUCCUCCUCCAUCUCCUCCUCCUCCCCCUCCUCCCCCCGGUUGUCUCUCCUCUCUCCUCUCUCCUCAUUCACUCCCUGCGUUCUCAGUGUUCCUACUCUCUCGCAGGCUGCUGGCGGCGCGCGGCUGCUCCCGGGGACAGCCCGAGCUCGAGGCGCUGAAGGCUGGGCUUCAACAUGUUGCAGCUACGGUAUGUCACGGAGGAGCAGCUGGCCGGCUUCGACCAAUACCAGUAUAGUGCCGUAGAUACAAAUCCUUUAUCAGUGUAUGUUAUGCAGCACCUCUGGAACAGAAUAGUUAAGAUAGUGCCACUGUGGAUUGCACCUAAUUUGCUUACCUUUUCUGGAUUUUUAUUGCUUUUAAUCAAUUAUUUUGUAUUAUGUUUUUAUGACUGGGAUUAUACUGCCUCAGGUUCCCGGCUUAUUCCAAACUGGGUGUGGUGGUUUGCUGCUCUCUCUACUUUUUCUGCCUAUGCUUUAGAUUCUAUAGAUGGGAAACAUGCUAGAAGAACACAGUCCAGUAGUCCUCUGGGAGAGCUAUUUGACCAUGGGUUGGAUAGCUGGGCUACUUCCCUUUUCACGAUUUCUUGGUUCUCUGUUUGUGCAAGUCCAGGGGGCUCCUCAGGACUUUCCGAGCACACGAUGUUCUUGUUUCUGAGCAUUGUUUUGCUUAACUUCAUGUUGUCCCAUUGGGAAAAAUAUAAUACUGGAGUCCUUUUUCUUCCUUGGGGAUACGACCUAAGCCAAGUGACACUGGUAGCAGGGUAUCUGCUGACGGCUAUUGUUGGUGUAGAAAUUUGGCACAAACCUUUGGUGUUUGGUUAUUAUGUUACAACUGUAUCAUUGACCUUGAUUAUAGCCUGCAGCAUUUUCCUUUCUCUCCCACAGACGUUGUACAACAUCUACACGGCGUACCAGAGGAAGACACUGAAGCAGGAUUCUUUGUAUGAAGCUUUGCUGCCUUUAGUGUCUCCUGCCCUCCUGUUUUCCCUCCUGACUGUUUGGGUGGCUUUAUCUCCAUGUAAUAUAUUAAUCAAGCAGCCCAGAUUAUUUUUAUUUAUGGUUGGUGUUGCCUUCUCCAGCGUUGCUUGCAGAGUGAUUGUCUGCCAAAUGAGCAACACCAGAUCUGAGUCAUUCCACUACCUCUUGUUUCCAUUGGCCUUGGUGGUCUUCGCAGCUGUAACGGGGCUUCUGGGGAGACUGGAGGAAUCUGUGUUCAUGGCUUUCACUGCGUUAACCACAAUGGCCCAUGUGCACUAUGGAGUGUGUGUGGGGAGACAAUUAAGUCAACACUUGAACAUUCACAUCUUUUCCAUGAAGAAACGUGCCCAGGAAUAAGUAUUUGUUAUCAAGGAACAGUCAAGAUCUGCCCUGAUAUUCCUUCUUUCUAGGAACAAUGAGACUCAAUGUACCUGAAUGACCAAAGUAUCUUCAUACACUUAAUGAAUAUAAUGGAAUCCAUAUUUAAA